AUCGGGAAUCAGAAUUUGGAUGGAAAAGGCGAAAGCUUUGACAUUCGACCAUUUAAUUACAAUUAUUUAUUGAAUGGAUUUUAGUAAUGAUAAUAUGAAACGAUAUGGAGACGAUGAAGAGGCACCGCAAGUGAAGCGUACGAGAAAUGACGAUUAUCCAGAGUACCCAGCAUACGUGAGCGGCAGAAAGCCUUCUUUUGGAGGCAAUCAAGGAUCUGGAUCCGGAGCUGGUAAAUUAAAUUACGGGCCUUCUCGGCCAGGAAAUGUCCCUUCAUCCUCAGGUGCUUCCGGCAACGCAGCAGCCACCGGCGAUCGUCAAGAAGCAGACCAAUUGCAGGAUGCUCUGAUAUCAUGUGGUAUUCAAUUAAAAGAAGAAGAGUUAAAUCUUUCCACUUCGUAUUAUGAUCCAGCAUCUCUAAAUACCUUUGCACUUUCAACUGAAGAUCGAUCGAAGAAAUGCGACUUCUUAAACUCAUACACUUUGAUGCAAACAGUCAGCAGUAUUGUAAAUUUGCAUCGUUUGAAGAGCAUGGAUACGGAUAUUCAUGCGCUCAUCUCUAUGGCAGUACGUGAUUACAUGGCAAAUUUGUUACAGAGAAUGAUUGUUGAAAGCAAUCAUCGUACCGCUCGACUUGAUACGAAAAAUUAUUCUCAGCUUGAUAAUGUUCGCCAAGUACUAGCGAAUUCUGCUUACAAGGAGUACGAAAGUGAAGAACGAAGACGAGCUGUUUUGAAUGUUCGUCGAGCUGAACAUGAAGCUAGACUUGCCGAGCUAAAUACGAAUGCAAAUAGUGAAGAAGGAUCUUCCAGUCGACGUAGAAAAGAACAAAGCUCUUCUGCUGCUGCAAAGAACAUAUCCGAAGAUGCUCAAAACAGAAUGACGAAUGCCACCGCAAGUAUUAUGGCUGGAAGCGCCUUACCUUCUGGUGGGAAGAAAUACUCUUGGAUGGCCACAGACAUAACUCCGGCUGCCCCUGCUAUCGGAGGUGGUUUUGGUAUUCGCAAAAAGGAAAAUAACACUCAUAAAAUGAUGGCGCGUGAUGGAACAUUGCCUGUUCAGAACGAAGAGAAAGGCGUUAUAAGCAUCCGGGAUGCUCUUGCGAUUUUGGAAAUGGAUCGUGAGGGGGCUGGUCGCAUAUUUGGAAGAGGAGCUCGGGCGAUGAUGCGAGCAUACAUUCGUCUAAAGGAUUAAAAGCUUGAUUUGUCUUAUCAACUUUUUAUUUCUCUUUUCUUACAAGAGUGUUCUCAUGAUCAAUUUUAGAUUAAUCUUAUGAAGUAUGAGGUUCUGUGUUUGCAAUGGCUUUUUGUUAGGUAGAUGAUUCCUCUAAUUGUUACAUGCUCGUUUUCAUGUAUGUGUAAUAUACAUUCGUAUGUUUAUAAUACUAUGUUAUUUUUUAUUUUCAUCCUAAUAUAUCAUUGCUGAUUAAAAUCCAUAAUAUUUUAUUUCCUAG